UGCGUUCUGCUGGACUGUCGUCAGCAAUUUUGUUUUACGCUACUUCCGAAACGAAAUCGAGCCAUCAUAAACGAAAAAAUUGACGAUGCCGUCAAAAUAAGUCCGUGUUCAAGAUCGAAAAUCGAAUUCAAAAUUGAGAAAAAUAUUUUAUACAAAUGUGAAGAAUACUUUAUUCGAUGCUACAAUUACAUGAAAUAUCCAUGAAAAGUCAAUAACUGCCGACAGAAAUAAAUCAGUGUGAAGUGAGCCAUUGUGUAUAAUUUACGUGACAGAAAAAGUUAAGCCAAAAAGCAGUAAAGAUAAAUGGAAAAGAAAGGAAAGAAGAAAUACAUAACUGCUAAUUAAAUAGUAAAUUAUUCAACAGUGAGCGAGUGAAAAAGGAUAAAUUUACAUAUAAAAGUAAAUAAAACUGAUUUAAAAGCCAGCGAUAGGUAGGUGGACGCCCCCAAUAACGACUUGUGAAGUCCACAUAUCAACGGUGGAGCUGUUUUCUGUGGCGCACCUGCCAGCACCCUACCAAGGGCGAACGAACUGACCGACCUUCUCAAAGUUGACGACGGCAACUUAAGUUUGUUGAGAAAUCGUUUUGAAUUUCAAACUAAAUAAGGCCAAACUUCGAACUAGAUUUCUAUAAGACCAAAACUCAUUAACGUAAACGCUAAGUUUUUCAUAUCGAUUUAAUGCAUCAGCGCGCAUUAAUUGUCUAACAGCAGAAACUACAGCGAUAACUACAGCAACAACAGCAACAACUUUAUUAAAGUGAAACAAUUAUAGAGAUUCAUAGUAUUGAUAAAGGCCCGCAAACACCUUUCGUAAGCGCAAACCGACCGCAUACAUACAUAAAUUAAGUCGUUGGUGAAGGAAAGAAAGGAACUCUUGAACACGACGAGCAAAUCGUAUUGUAAGUCUGCGCGCCUAAAUGUAUGCAAACAAUAUAUAACAAAUAGUCUAAAGUCACACGCACACACACAGACGCGGUCGCUCGUAUAUGUGGUAAUUCUUGUUGUUGUUGAUGGGUGGUGGUGAUGGUGCUUUUUGUACGUGUUAGUGCAUUUUAACCCGAAACAAAAAAUCGAAAAAGAAAAAAGAAAACACCGUGAGCUAAAGCGGAAACAUACCAACGCCCCAAUUUUUGUGAAUCGAGCGCACACUAAAUAAAAGAGAAACUCUCUCGGCGAUGGGCGCAAAUGUAUCGCAGCUGGAGCGUGAGAUCGGCUCUGACCUCUUUCCGCCCAAUGAACAUUACUUUGGUCUGGUAAAUUUCGGCAAUACAUGCUAUAGCAACUCUGUGCUGCAGGCGCUCUACUUCUGCAAGCCCUUCCGGGAGAAGGUGCUCGAAUAUAAGGCGAAGAACAAGCGUCCCAAAGAGACGCUACUCUCUUGCUUAGCCGAUCUGUUCUACAACAUUGCCACGCAGAAGAAGAAAGUCGGUUCGAUCGCACCGAAAAAGUUCAUUGCACGCCUGCGCAAAGAGAAGGAGGAAUUCGACAAUUACAUGCAACAGGAUGCGCAUGAGUUUCUCAAUUUCCUAAUCAAUCACAUCAACGAGAUCAUUUUGGCCGAACGUCAUGCCAGCAAGAAUGGCGCCAAUUUUAAUGGCAGCGGCAACGGUGGCAGCGGCGUCAUCGGCGGCACCUCCACUGCCAGCAAAUCCUCUUCGUCCACCAGCACAUCGACAACUGCCUCGAAUUCAACGUCCAACGGCACCUGCACCAAUUCCUCGGGCUCACUGAAUGGUGUCGGCGUCGGUAUUGGCAUCGGCGAUAACGCUUCGACACCGACACAGUCGAAUGCGGCCAACACCGAACCCACGUGGGUGCAUGAAAUCUUUCAAGGUAUACUAACGUCAGAGACACGUUGUCUCAAUUGCGAGACGGUCAGUAGCAAGGAUGAGAAUUUCUUUGAUCUACAAGUCGACGUCGAUCAGAAUACCUCGAUAACGCAUUGCUUGCGCUGCUUUAGCAACACCGAGACCCUAUGCUCGGACAACAAAUUCAAAUGCGACAACUGUUGCAGCUAUCAGGAGGCGCAAAAGCGUAUGCGCGUCAAGAAGCUGCCAAUGAUAUUGGCGCUGCAUUUGAAACGCUUCAAAUAUAUGGAACAAUUUAAUCGGCACAUUAAAGUCUCACAUCGCGUCGUAUUCCCGCUAGAGCUGCGUCUGUUCAACACCUCGGAUGAUGCCGUCAAUCCAGAUCGGCUGUACGAUCUAAUGGCCGUGGUUAUACACUGUGGAUCGGGACCGAAUCGCGGUCAUUACAUUAGUAUUGUCAAAAGUCAUGGGCUCUGGUUGUUGUUCGACGAUGAUAUGGUCGAUAAAAUCGAGGCUUCAACCAUCGAAGAUUUCUACGGACUGACGUCGGAUAUACAGAAGUCCUCGGAGACCGGUUAUAUAUUGUUCUAUCAAUCGCGCGACUGUGCGUCAUCGUAGAGCGCAAGAGCGCACAGUUGAAUGAAACAACACAUGAAUUUAUAGCUUACAGUAAAUACUGUUUAGCGAAAGGCAUUUGUGGCUUUCGGAAAAAUCUAUAAUAAGCAAGCUGUAUUUAAUUUUAAGUUAUGUUUAUAGGUUAAGUUGAUUUUUUUGGCUAUGAAGUUUUUCACAAAAUGUGACAAGUUGCGCUGUUGUUCGUUUCGUAGCAUACCUUUAGGAUGUGUCGGGCAUAAAAUCAGAAUUUUUCAGUUUUAAUGCUUUGUAGUAGUUUUAUAAAUAAAUAAAAAUUAAAAUAAUUAAUUGUGUGUCACACUGUUGUCCCGAAACUUACUAAAAAUCUAUAUAUAAAUUGUCUCAUGCAUCCUAAAAGUAUGCAACACAAUUUAACACAGCCGCAAUUAAUACAUUGCCUUCGAAGCUUUCGCUGAAAGCUUUGCCAUAAGCAGCAUUGUUACAUUUUGUGAAUGAUUUAAAUUAUUUUUAGCAUUUUUUUUAAUUUAGUUAAAUUUAUUGCUAUCAUAUCUGUUUUAGUAUACUUAGGCGCAUUUUAUUUUAUUUAUAAAAUUUAGAGUUCAGUAAAAUUCUAUAUAUUUAAUUACAUAUAAUGUACAAUAAUAGCUUUUUAUUACAAUGAAUUUUUUGCUGUUAUCGAUUAUUGUAUAAUUAUGAAACAACAAUUGUAAUCGUUUUCGAUUAAUCAUGUUUACUUAGUUCUAUUUUAAUUACAUUAAUUUCAAUAGUAUUUUUUAAAUAAAAAAAUAGUUUAUUUCAAUUAUAAUAUAUAAACAAUAUGUUAUAGCAACUACAACUAAAUGCAAAUAUUAUUGUCAAUGAUCUUUAAGCGCAAAAAAAUUAAAAAAAAAAAAUAUUUUAAAUUAGUUUCAAAGCUAUGCUAGUAGUUGCAUAUGUCUCUAUUGCUAAAUAUUAUACAUAAACACACAUACAUACAUAUAUAAUAUUAAAUAAAAAUGUUGAAAACGAUGAAAUAAUGUUUGCUUUUCCUUCUCAUUCCAAUGAAUAGUGUGUGCAAAUCAGCUUAGUUCAUAGAAAAAUAAAUAAAUUUGUCAAUAAAUAUCGAUUUUCAAAAAUCUCAUUAAUUAUAUACAUUUUGCUUAACUCAUGACAUUAUAAAAUUUCACACACACACUUUGUAAGUCAUUACAGCAAACGUGCUUACCCACUUGAUAGAGUGUUAGUGCGAUAAAUUGUUGCUGUUUAUUUGUUGCACAAUAAUUAUGUAUGAAAUACCGGUGGCAAUGGGUAUCAAAUGUUUGAUAUUCCGCUACGAUAUAUGCAUAAUCACUUUCAAUUAAGCAUUUGCACAUACUAUCACACGUGUUAGAAAACGGUGGCGGCGAUAGCAAAAAGAAUAUAUGUAUGUCCGAUCGAAAAAAACCAAAGUGAUCUAGCUUCAGUAUUAAAUUAUCUUCUAUUUGAACUAAAAAAGUUGGACAAAAGAUUUAUUUAAACUACUAGUUUUGCAACUUAAAAUCAAUUUUUUUCUUAAAAAAGUGAUUUCUUUUUUCAAACUUCGAAAAAAAAAAUGGAAUUUUAUAACUUCUUCGGUAUUUUUUAGUUCAUAAAGAAAAGAAACUUAUAAAAAUUAAAAAAAAAAAAAAUUGGUUCGACUGUUUCAGAUGCAUCUCAUGACCUCCAUCACCGGCACCGAUUUACAAGUGCAGACUCCAGUCUCUCCAGAAAAAUACUUACAACUUUGAAAAAAUUUCAAUAUUUUUUAAUAACAAAUAUUGUUUUUUAAGCCUUAAAUAUAGUACAAUAUAGCAAUCAUUUCCUUCCCUUUCAAAAAAAAUGGCUAAAAAAAACGCUUUUUUCGGCUUCUAAAGCAAACUUAAAUUAUUCGAAAGAACAUUCUUUGGCAUUUAUUUUUUUAACGAUUAUCUCGUUCAAAUGUUGGCCGCGACUACGACUCAGAUGGUUCAUCAGUUAAGUAUUCCGACUGGUAACUGGCGAAUGACUCGCGUGAUGGGUUGCUCCAAGACCUGAAUCGGGGCAGGAUUGUCCGCAUAUAUUGUAAACUUUACCAAAUUUCCACGAGAUCACGAAAUUCAAUUUUAGUCAUCAAAUAGUCGGUUAUCAUGGCGCCAUAACGCUCGCCAUUGAUGGUUUCGU